CGAGAGGGCGGGGCGGCGUCCCAAAACGGAAGGUGGUUGUCGUCUGUGCCCAAGCUGGUUUGAAACUAGGGGUCGGGCUCGGCCGUCGUCGUUGUUUGUUGUCGCAGCUCCGCUUCCGGGGGUAGGCCGUUCCUGACCGCCUCCUCCGCUACUCCCUUUGGACCCAUCGGUCUCAGGCCCGGCUCCCCGCCCGACUCGUACCCCGCACGCCGCAGCCCGCUGUUGACCCGGCCCGCACUGCUGCCCUGCAGCCACCAUGUCCCUGCACGGCAAACGGAAGGAGAUCUACAAGUAUGAAGCGCCCUGGACUGUCUACGCGAUGAACUGGAGUGUGCGGCCCGAUAAGCGCUUUCGCUUGGCUCUGGGCAGCUUCGUGGAGGAGUACAACAACAAGGUUCAGCUUGUUGGUUUAGAUGAAGAGAGUUCGGAGUUUAUUUGCAGAAACACCUUUGACCACCCAUAUCCCACCACAAAGCUCAUGUGGAUCCCUGACACAAAAGGCGUCUAUCCAGACCUACUGGCAACAAGCGGCGACUAUCUCCGUGUGUGGAGGGUUGGUGAAACAGAGACCAGGCUGGAGUGUUUGCUAAACAAUAAUAAGAACUCUGAUUUCUGUGCUCCCCUGACCUCCUUUGACUGGAAUGAGGUGGAUCCUUAUCUUUUAGGUACCUCAAGCAUUGAUACGACGUGCACCAUCUGGGGGCUGGAGACAGGGCAGGUGUUAGGGCGAGUGAAUCUUGUGUCUGGCCACGUGAAGACCCAGCUGAUCGCCCAUGACAAAGAGGUCUAUGAUAUUGCAUUUAGCCGGGCCGGGGGUGGCAGGGACAUGUUUGCCUCUGUGGGUGCUGAUGGCUCUGUGCGGAUGUUUGACCUCCGCCAUCUAGAACACAGCACCAUCAUUUACGAAGACCCGCAGCAUCACCCACUGCUUCGCCUCUGCUGGAACAAGCAGGACCCUAACUACCUGGCCACCAUGGCCAUGGAUGGAAUGGAGGUGGUGAUUCUAGAUGUCCGGGUUCCCUGCACACCUGUCGCCAGGUUAAACAACCAUCGAGCAUGUGUCAAUGGCAUUGCUUGGGCCCCACAUUCAUCCUGUCACAUCUGCACUGCAGCGGAUGACCACCAGGCUCUCAUCUGGGACAUCCAGCAAAUGCCCCGAGCAAUUGAGGACCCUAUCCUGGCCUACACAGCUGAAGGAGAGAUCAACAAUGUGCAGUGGGCAUCAACUCAGCCCGACUGGAUCGCCAUCUGCUACAACAACUGCCUGGAGAUACUCAGAGUGUAAUGUUGGUGGCGCUGUGCGCACGAGGCAGGGCCUUGUGUGUUUCCUGCCUCUGCCCCACCCCAAAGUAAGAAGAAACAUGUUUCCAGUGGCCAGUAUGUCUUUCGUUGCUUUGCACCCACUGUUACCAGAAGCUGCUCUAGGAGUUCCUGGCCAGUCACCCCAUCGCCCUCUGUGGCAGACUCAGUGCUGUGUGGCACCUCCUCAGCCCAGGGCUGAAUUUUAAAAUUUUCUCUUCUUUCCUCUUCUUGUUUUGUUCCUCAAUUAAAAAUGUGUGUAUAUUUGUUUGUCAGGCGUUGCGUUGAGGAGCAGUUCAUGUACUGGCUGUGUCUAUUCCUCUGCCCAGGUGUCUCUGUCUGUUUGCUGCCCAAGGCAGCAACGCAUGUUUCCAUGUCCAUGUUCCUGUUAGCACUUACGUGGGAACAAAUAACAGUUUGUCCUUUCUCCUAGUAUCAGUGUGUUUAACAAAUUUCAACUUUGUAUAUUUAUCAGGCUAAUUUUUUUAUGAAAAGAAUUUUACUCUUCCUGGUUCAUUUAUUUGUCUUAUAGUCCUUCCUAUGUGCCCCUUCUUCUCUUCCCUCAGUGCCUGGAGCUGGUACUGGGCCCCUGGCCCCAUGAGCAGUUUGCCUUCUUGAGUCACUGCCUGAGUAGUACAUACCUGACCGGGAGGCCAAACCACCUUGGUGCUCUGAAGUCAACUGACUCCUCAACAUCUUUCUUAGCCUGGCUCUUCUUAAGGGCAUUCUGGGCUUCUAAACAGACGUAGGAAACCUCUGUUUACCCUAAAGCACCACUGUCCAGCCCCAUUGGUUCCCACUGGGAGCAUGGUAGAGGUGAGAGAGACAGGCUCUCAGGGUACCUGACUUGAGGGGAAUCCUUUCAGGAAGCUGAAAAAGUCAAGCAUAUUUCCAUACCUACUUUCAGAGUCUGUUUUUUACUUCAAAUAUAAGCCCCAGGCCAUUCCACUUAGUGUCUUUUUAAUGAUCGACAAGAAUGAGUUGAAAUUCUCUGAGUUGAACUUCGGUGUUUCUGUUGGUUGAGUGUACUGUGCCUGGCCAUAUAUUAUAUAGGGUGCUCUUUGGAUUGAGUGCUCUGAGGUGAGAGUUUCCCGAGAGGCAUCCAGUCUGUACUUCCAACCCUGAACAAGACCUCACAUGAGAGAUGGACUGAUUGGCUGUGGCAAUCCCAGGCUGUCAAGUGGAUAGAUAGCAAAAAAGAGUUAUACUGUGGUGAGUAAUGCUAAGGAGCAAAAAAGAAAGAAAAGGAAUUAUUGCCCCCAGGGUCAGCCAGUUAAGAGCUCUACCCACACCUGUCAACCCUUCUCUCCGCCAGUUUAGGUUCUGAGCAGUAUUGGACUUGUAACCUGUGGUUGUCUGUUGACUUGCAGGCCGCAGGCGUCUUUUCGUUACAUGAAUGAGUUCCAUGGAGGGGGCCUGUGUGUGAUUCCAUUGUUGGAAGAGUCCUUGGAGCAGGCAGAGUUUGAGGCAUGCUCUGGGGGGAAAGUUGCCUGGCUCCUUGGGCUGUACUCAGUAACUGAAGGUUUUUAAGUCCCUCUGAAUUGCUCAUCUGAGAUUAGCAGAGUAGCAGGCCUAAAGGACGAUGGUUUUGUUCUCUUUGGCUCUCACCUGCUUGAGAAGUAAAACAGUGUACUUUGUUCUUCUGGGCCCUUAAGCUUUGUUGAUUAAGUCUACCUUUUCAGAAGGAGAUAUCAUUGUUUGCUGAAAGUCCAGCUCUUUGCUUUACCAUACAGGGACUGUCCCAAAGAAGAAGGCUCCUUUUGAGUCAGAGUAUUUCCCCUUCUAUCCUUUUACUUUGUGGUUCUGAUUUUGGGACUCUGGCUGGCCAUGUGCUUGCAGUUGACUCUCCUGCAUCUGCUACUGGAUUUGCAUUGCACUGCUUGGAGAUGUAAAGCAAGCAGUUCUUGGUUAGAACUCUCCUCUGCUUUUCAGUGUGUUUGAUAACAGUUACUGGGUCCUUCUCUCAAGGGUAGCAAGGCCAAGCUGAUGGCUGCUUGUUUAGGAGGCCAUCAGUUCCUUCCUAUGGAGAAGGGUCUGAAAUGGAAGUCAGUGUAGAAAAGGCUGGUCUGCUGAGCAGGGCUUAGGUCCACUGAAUUUUAAGAUUCCUUUGCUGAUCUGCACCAAGCCUGGUCUGUAUGGUGAAAUUUGUCAGCUGGAACUCAGAAACAACAACUUAAAAAAUAAUAAUAAUUAGAAUAUAUUUGCAUAAGAUAGCUAUUUACUCUGGAAACCAACAACUUUUGAGGUUUCCUUUGCCCUGUGGACACCCAGACCCUGUCAUCCUUCCUCAGGUUCUGCAUUGCAGUCUUUCCCUGAAUCCCAUGGGGGACCCAGGGGAGACUACACCUCCCUAAGCAAGCACACACAUACUCACAGUUGAUGAGUUGCUGGUCUUCUGAAUCCCAGGUCUCUUACCCGAUGACCCAUGACUGAGGAGAGGAUUUUUCUACAGUCUCAGGAUUUAGAAAGCCUGUAAGCCAGCCAUGCUCCAGAAAGCACAGAUCUGUUACAGUUGCAAAAACAACUCUAUGUAAUUUGUUGAGAUUCCCAAAUUGACAGCCAGUGAGACUGGGGAGGAGACUGAAUCUGCUAUCCCUGACUGCUGGAGGAGCAGCUGCUAGGACUUUACCAGGAAGCCCACAUCUGCAGGCUGUGGCCCAGCUGGUGAUGGCCCUUUUGCUCUUGGCAGCCUUAAGCACAGCUGUCUGUAUUGUCGUCAUCUGCUCUGAGGAAGGGUGGAGGUGCUAAAUAAAUUACUGGAGAAUGGGUCCACGUCAUUAAGGACCUGAAUUUUUUACGCUCAGGAGCAUUGGAACCCUCUUCUUCCAGAGAAGGAACUAGCCUCCAAGGUUAGUACUUGAAGAGGGAAGAUAUUUAAUAACUAGGCAAACAUUUCUUACAAAUCCAGGAUUGGUUCUAAGCGAACUGGCUAAGAUUCAGGAAGAAACAAAAUUCAGAAUCCUAUAAGGUUUUUUUUGUUUUGUUUUGUUUUUGAGACAGAGUCUUGCUCUGUCAUGCAGGCUGGAAUGCAGUGGUGCAGUUUGGCUCACUGCAACCUCCGCCUCCCAGGUUCAGGCGAUUCUCCUGCCUCAGCCUCCUGAGUAGCUGGGACUACAGGCGUGUGCCACUAUGCCCAGCUAAUUUUUUGUAUUUUUUAGUAGAGACGGGGUUUCACCAUGUUAGCCAGGAUGGUCUUAAUCUCCUGACCUUAUGAUCCGCCUGCCUCAGCCUCUUGAAGUGCUGGGAUUAUAGGCCUGAGCCACCACGCCUGACACCUACAAGGUUUUGAUGACAGUUAGGGCCAAAAUUUUAGGAGGUGAUAUAGGAUGCAGUAGAAAAUCAAAGUGUUUUCUUUAAAUCAAAGGAGGAAGUAUUAGAGGUCAGUGGAGGUCUGGGGUAGGGAAACAUUCACACUGUCCAUUGCAUGGCUGUGGAAUGAGACUGCCCUUAACCUGGGUCAGCCUUCCUGGGCCAUAAAUUGGGUAUCCAUGAUGCUAGGUAACUGUGAGAACAAGUUGACAGCUCAGAGCAGCCAUAGGUGAUGUUUGGUGGUAAAAAACUUACAGGCAUUGGGGGUCCCAUGAUUGUUCCAGACCGUGGCUCUUGAUUGUGGGUUUGUACAAAGCAGGAGAAGCACGGGUUAUGACAGGUAUACAGACUUUCUCCCUCCUUUUUCUCUCUUCUCUUCCCCUUGCCUUUCCACUGUUUCUCCCUGCUGCCACCUGGGCCUUUAAUUCCUGGGCCAUGAAGACACAUAGGAGCUGCAGGGUUUACCACAUGUGGGAGGGCAGCCCAGAACUGUCCCUCUACCUUUCCCACUUGGAGAAUAUGGCAGCCCCUUCCAUUCCUGGCUUGGGGUAGGGGAGUGCAUUGAAGUAGAAACCUCAAAGCAGACUUUUCCCUUUACUGUGUAUACACCAGGACAAAGAAGUUUCAUACUUGAUACUUAGAUUGGUUUUCCCAGGGAAGAGAGCAGAGCAGAGCAAAGUCACUGUGAACCCUGGGCCAGGCCCUGGCUGGGCCAGCUCCUGAGAGUGUCUUGUGUUGCAGAGCCUUGCCCACUCACCCACCUUCACCCUUUCCCCCUCCCACGGUGUCACUGCUGCUAAUGGUCAAAGUCAAAUAUGGGGCCACAUGAGAUGGACCAGGUCCUCUCAGGCUACUUUCUGGAGUCAUUUUUAAAAUAUGGAAACAUGCAGGUGCCUUCUGAAAAAGGCUUGGACUGGUAUAUCCAACCAGAAGCAAAUAAGCUAAAGAAAGUUUGAACUUGAGAAGAAAGAUGUUGACAGUCUGUGUAACAGCCGGAAAGUUUAUAGGCACCCACCUUUGGGACAACCCAGUAAAUAUGAACUUGUGAUAUCUACUAAGAUUUUCAAAGAAAUGUUCUCACCUUGGGUUGAUGUGGUAAAUCAUGUGUUAUGAAAAUUGUUGAGCUGAAGCUUUAAAUUGCUUUAGUUGAGUCUGAAUCACUUGCUUUGGUUCCUAUGUAUUUUAUGACCCCUCUUGUCAGUGACCUUCCCUCCCCACCCCACCCAGAGUGAAUUUGUAGCAUGAUUGUAUAAACUUCUAUGUAGAAAAUGGAGAUUUCUUGCCCUGAAAUGUUAAGCUCUAACUCAUCCAUUUCUGUACCUGUUAGCCUAGUAUGUCUGAACUUCCAUUCUUGUUAUAUAUUUAAACUUUCCCUCUAUAUUAUAGGUUUUGUGGCAUCCAUGGUCAGGUGGAAAGGAAGCUGCCCCUUGCAGAACUGUACUGUAAUAUUUUUCUUUUAUAAAUAUUUUCACAGGACUGAUUGUACACAGGGCUUGUAAUAAAAUUUUAACACUGUGCUGUGAAACAACUAUGGGGAAUCUCCAUUGAAGGCUACUUCAAAGGCACCUGAAAGUGGAGUGUUAUAUCUACAACUUUCUAUUUCUUGUUUCCUAAAUAAAUUAAACCUAAUUUUCACCCUUUCAUUCUGUUUCCUCCUGUAUAAGAAGUACCGUAUUUUCUGCCCAUCAUACUUUGUAAUAAAACUUGAACAUGUA